UCACCUCAGAUAACCUCACCUCUAGCUCGCCAUUGCUCCAGUUUACAGAGAGGAAUGCAUAGCAGUGCAAACAAUACACCAGCAAAUAUCUACUAACAGACGAUAUCAAUUCAACAUGGCUGACAAAAGACGGGAUGUUAUCGUCAUUGGUGCAGGCUUGAGCGGUCUAGCGGCUGCUAAGCUGCUACACGAACAGGGAUUGGACGUGGUUGUGCUGGAGGCGAGAGACCGUGUUGGGGGACGGACAUAUACUAAACAUAAUGACGUCAUCAACUACGUAGAUGUCGGAGGGGCCUAUGUUGGCCCUACGCAGAACCUGUUGUUACGUAUGGCGGAUGAAUUUGGUGUCAAAACGUACCUGACCAAUGAGGUGGAGGAUCUUGUUAUUUACAGGAAGGGAAGCAGCAGGCGAUUUAAAGGGUCGUUCCCGCCCAUGGGAGGAUUUUUGGCACAUCUGGAUCUCCUCCAAGUCUUUAGAGUCGUAGAUGAGAUGGGCAGUGAGAUACCGGAGGCUGCGCCAUGGGAUGCACCACACGCGGAGGAAUGGGAUAAUAUGACAGUCCAAGAAUUCCUCAAUAAAUACGCCUGGACAGCUGCUGUGAAGAGGUUCGCAACAGGGUUCGUGAACCUGAAUGUGACGUCAGAGCCGUACGAGUGUUCGUUGCUAUGGUUUCUGUGGUACGUCAGACAGUGUGGAGGAACACAUCGCAUAUUUUCAACGUCUAAUGGGGGACAGGAGCGGAAAUUUGUCGGCGGUUCACAACAAAUCAGCCAACAUAUAGCGAGGAAGCUCGGAAAGGAUAGGGUGUUACUGUCGAAACCAAUCUGUCAGAUCAAGCAGGAGCAGAGUACUGUGAAGGUCAUUGACAUCCACGGCAACAAAUAUCAGGCCAGCUAUGUGAUAAGUGCCGUACCUCUACCACUACAAAGUAAGAUAACCUUUGACCCUCCUCUACCUACCCUACGUAAUCAGAUGAUACAGAGAGUGCCCAUGGGAUCUGUGAUCAAAACCUUUACCUACUAUAGUAAACCGUUCUGGCGGGAGCAAGGUUACUGUGGAUCAGCGAUGAUUGACGAUGACGACUCAAUAAUCAAUUACACUCUGGAUGACGUCAAACCGGAAGGCGGCAAGCCCGCUCUCAUGUCGUUUGUUCUCGCUGAUAAAGCCAAAAAGUUAUGUAACCUGACGGCAGAAGACAGAAAGCAGAGAAUUUCUGAAAUGUACUCAAAAGUAUUCAAAACAGAAAAAGCACUGCACCCUAUCCACUAUGAGGAACAUAACUGGCUCGCCGAACAAUGGUCAGGUGGAUGUUAUACUGUAAUGAUGCCACCAGGCUUUCUUACCAAGUUUGGAAAGGAGAUGCGCCGCCCGUUCGACAGGAUUCACUUUGCGGGGACCGAGACCGCCACAGCUUGGUCAGGGUACAUGGACGGUGCGAUACAGGCCGGAGAACGAUCUGCAAGGGAGAUCCUGCAUCGGCUUGGCAAAAUUAGUGAGAAUCAGAUUUGGAUCACAGAACCAGAACAUAAGACGGUACAACCUAGGCCGUUCGAGACAACCUUUUGGGAGAGGAACUCGCCAAGUGUCGGUGGAUUCUUGACGUUCGUGGGUCUUGUGUCUGCCGUGUCUUCAAUGGGGGUCGGGGUGUAUUUAUACACCAAACAUUCGCAAUGAAAGCGUCAGUAAUUGCCUCAAUAGCAUAUCCUAAAUGUUCAUAUCAACGUAAUGUACAAAGAUUGUCAAUAAAACCAUCAGAUCGAAAUAUCAAGAUAGUUUUUAUACGGAAUGGUUUAGAGAAAUAUUCUAAUACACAAACUGAGUUACUAUUUUUGCGAGAUAGUUAUAAUACAAUAUCGUAUUUAUCUUAAUGUUGUCUCAGUGUUGUCAUGGCAAUUUCAGAUGUAAGUCAGUUUACUAUUAAAAUCACCAUUGAUUAGUAUGUUGCAAAAUAUGCAAAUGUGGUACCAGCACACCGGUGUGUUGGUGCGGGACCUAUGAGAUGGAUUACUAAUGCCACGUUUUUCUUUCAACAUCGAUGCCACUAAAAUACAUUUAUUGAUGGCAUGGCGUUAAUUUAUAUGACAUGGACAUUUUGAUUCCAUCUAGGAUAUUUCAAUUUUACAACUAACGUGUAAUGGUAUUGUACACAGUGAAAGUGGUUAGACCAAUUUAAUUUCUUUUACAUGGUUAUAUAAACAUGUUUUAUAACAAUUGAAUACUGUCAGACCCGCUCCAUGAGUAGGUGUAAGAGUAUGAUUUUAAUGGACGAAUAAUGUUUGAGUAUGUAUGUUUCUUAUAGUGGUGGGCAGAGACCCGUGAAGCAACUAUGGAUAUUUACAUAUGAAGUAAUACCAUUUAGAAAACCUAUUUAUAUAAUUUAAUGAAUAAAUAAUAUAUCUGCGAUACCGUGCAAUAUACUCAAUGAGUAUAAAAAUAUCCGUAUUUGGCCGAGAUGCCUUUAAGUAAUGAGGGGUCACUACAUCACCAUGCUGUAUGACAAUAGCUCAUACAUUUAGAUAAAAAAUAUUCCCCAAUUCCAAUUUCAGAUAGUCAGUUGCUGCGGUUAGCAACCAGUUUAAAUAAGAUUUAUGAGAGUUAUUAUUUAAUUCCCGCUUUAUUACCUACAUACGAUGUGAUAACGUUUGGUUGUAGAUACAGCUAUGUUUGUGCUUAGUUGCAGGUUGUGGAGCAUUGAUGCAUCCAUGUAUUCAUCGCUUGUACCACACACCUAGAUGUAUGCCAGGUUGUAUAUUUGUAAACGUUAGUUUGAUAGGUCAUGAUACUAGUAUUUACCAUUGUCCUGUUUGGUAAUGUUCUGAAAAAAAAGCUAAAUAAAUAAACAUUGAAUUGG